AUGUCUGCAUCCGAAACCGGGUCCGAUGAGGAAGACGCAGAUCCACAGGGUGAGUUGCACAGCUUGUUGGAAGCGGCCCGAGAUACUAGGCACGAUGACCUGUCCCUGCUUUACAUGCAGUGUCUUGCAGCCUCCCUGGUGCAGUUCGCGUGCGCCCCUCUGACCUUCUUGUCGGCCCACCGCGGCUACGGACUUGUUGCUGCGUCGAUUGUAGGUCUCAUGGUCCUGGGCUCCGCAGGCUUCCAGUACUGGGUGGCUCGGACGUUGCGUUUGUGGCUCAAGCGCCAACCAUGUCGGGGAACGUGGCAACACUGCGUCGAUGCCCUGGCUGGCUUCGACGGUACCCGCGGGCUGCGUUGUCUUACAUCAGGUGGGCCUGUGUGCAUGUUCGCCACAGUUGAAGCUAUAGAUCCGGCUCUGGAUGCUUGGGCAGCUGCGAAUGCAUUCAGCCUGUAUGCGGGCUCUCUGAAGUUAGAGUUUGAGUCAUCUUGGGAAGGUGUUCCGCUGGUAGGUUGGCUCGUAGCUUGGCUAGGCUUGCCAGGAAUUCUGGUGGUGAUACUUCUGGGCUCAAUGCUAUGCCAGCUCUGGUCUUUGCACCAUCGGCAUCAGUACCUCACCUCACUGUUCGACGAAUUCGCGGAUCAGGCGCAGGGAAGCGCCAAAUGCAGGUUCAAAGUGUGGUACGAAUGGAAGCACGCAACCGACCUAGGCGGCUUGCUGAUCUUGCUUGAUGUCUUUGAGAAGCUGCUCUACGCGGAGCUGAAGCGUGACACCCAAGGAGAGUUGUAUCAGGUCGUGGAUCGCUUUUGGGCGUUCAUCCCGAAGGUUGUUGCAGAAGCCCUUCCGAGCCUCUGGUUUCAAGUGUCCGUCCUUGCUUUGACCUAUGACUCAUGCCCUGGCAGUACAUUUGCCAUCAACCUGAUGUCCAUGGCCAGCAGCAUCUUUUGCAUCGCCAAGUUGCUGCACUUACAGAUCUCAACCUUACGCUUUGGAUUUCGAACCAAGACGCAGCGAUUCUGCAACCGCCCCGAAGUGUGGCUCAACUCCAUCGCCUGCAUGCUUUCAUCGUUCUGUUUCGCCAUAUGUUUGCUCCGCCUCGCAGGUCUGUGGAUUUGUCCCAGCCACAUCUUUUUGGUGAGCCGGGGCUGUUUCAAAGAGGGGCCUUAG